UUUGCAGUCCGAGUGCGGGCAGUUCCAGUUUUCACAAGAAUUAGUGAAUCCCUACAUCUGUGUUCUAUCGUUUCGCGUGUCAUGGGUAAUAACUUGUGAGUUUAUUUGGUAAGGUAAUAAGUUCUCUAAAGACCCAGUAUGAGUUCCCUUCAUGCUGAAAAACUAGUGCUUGCUUUACAUUUAACCAUAGGCCUGCUGAUCCUACCACUAAUUACAGAAUGUGAUCAAAUCAGGCUGGUUGGGCCGUCGCGUUGCUCUGGCAGAGUGGAGGUCAGCCACAAUGACAGCUGGGGCACCGUGUGCAAUGACCACUGGAGCCUUAACAAUGCUGCCGUGGUGUGCAGAGAGGUAGACUGUGGCUCGGUGCUUGAGGUAAAAAAAGACGCCUUCUUUGGGGAGGGGAAGGAAAGAAUUUGGCUGGACGAUGUGCAGUGCAUCGGUCACGAGUCCUCCAUCCUCAAGUGUCCGCAUAACCCAUUUGGGGAAAAUAACUGUGGCCAUGCUGAAGACGUUGGAGUUGUGUGUUCAGAAACCGUAAGGGUUGUCAACGUAGGCAAUCGGUGUAAUGGCAGAGUGGAAGUCUUCCACAAUUGGCAAUGGAGGCGGGUGUGCAGCAGUGACUGGGGCAAGGAGCAAGCAGAGAUACUGUGCAGAGAAUUGGACUGCGGUUCUCCUAGCAAUGCGACUGCAGCACAGACGUUUGGAGAAGCCCAUGACCUGCCUGGAGUCAAGACCAAUUGUUUUGGAAACGAGAGCUCCCUUUCACAGUGUACCUUUCAAGAAUUCAAGGAAAGCUGUAUUGAUGCUACAGUUUUCUGCACGAGCAGUAAACCAGUCCGUCUAAAGAAUGGGACCCAUCGAUGCUCUGGGCGGGUGGAGGUCUACCACGACGGACAGUGGGGAACUGUUUGUGACAACAAAUGGGAUAUGCAGGAAGCAGCGGUUGUUUGUCGACAGAUGAAUUGUGGGAACCCGGUUGCAGUCAAGGACCAAGCCUACUUUGGCAAAGGUCAGGAUCAGAUGUGGUUGGAUGACAUCGACUGUAUUGGUAAUGAGAAGAGCCUGACUGACUGCCCACAUGGAGGCCUCGGACAAACUGACUGUAGCCACUCUGAAGAUGCAGGUGUCAUAUGCUCAGAAAAUGUCAGACUGGUUGAUGGACCAGACUCGUGCUCUGGCAGACUGGAGGUCUUCCACAACGAUAAAUGGGGGAGGAUCUGUUCAAAUAACUGGAGCAGCAAAGAAGCUGCAAUGAUGUGUAAAGAACUCAACUGUGGCAUUCCCAAAAAAACCCAAGAGAACUUUGGCGCUGGUAGCAGUGAGCUGGGAACUUAUACGAGCACAUGCUCUGAAAGUGUGAGCUCCAUCGCCCAGUGCACACUUCAACAGCACUCUGGAACAUGUGACAGUGUUUCUGUUUCGUGUGCAGAGCUGAAGCUUGUGAACGGCACAAACCGCUGCUCCGGCAGAGUGGAGAUUCUGCAUGACGGCCAGUGGGGAACAGUAUGCGAUGAUGACUUUGACAUGAGAGACGCCCAGGUGGUGUGCAGGACCAUGGACUGUGGGUCACCUCAGACCAUCAAGCACAAUGGUUUCUUUGGUGAAGGUGAAGGUCAGAUAUGGCUGGAUGAUGUAAACUGCUCCGGCAAUGAGACAUCUAUUGUGCACUGCCAACACCGGUCCUUUGGAGAGAGUAACUGUGGCCACGGAGAGGACGUUGGUGUGAUAUGUUCAGCUACCACUCGACUGCUUAAUGGCAGUGACCACUGCUCAGGCAGGGUGGAGGUCCACUACAAUGGUCACUGGUCACCAGCGUAUGACAUCAACUGGGGAAUGAAUGAAGCCAGAGUGGUCUGCCGAGAAAUUAACUGUGGAGAUCCUGUCCAGGCCACAGGCUCAUUUGUUGAGAGCGGAGAUCUGAGGGGGUAUAAGAUCAGCUGUGGUGGAGGGGAGAGCUCGCUAACACAGUGCACAGUCGGAGACUACGUCAGACCUAGCAGCGAUGGAAUCCAGGAGGCGAUGGUCCAAUGUUCAGGCAAUGUGAAAUUAUCUAAUGGGCCGACUCGCUGCGCUGGAACAGUGGAGCUGUACGACAAAGGCCAGUGGGGCACUUUGUGCUCUGAUACCUGGGAUAUGAAAGAUGCAACAGUGGUGUGCAGGCAGCUGGGGUGUGGAAAAGCCCAUAAAAUUAGUAUCAACUAUGAGUCUGGGCAUCGCAUCAGACAAACCUGGGUGGAACAAAUUGAAUGUAUUGGACUAGAGGUUGCGUUGUCACAUUGCCCACAACGACUUUUACAAGACAGAGACAGAACUUGCAACACAACUUCACUUGCCAGUGUUGUCUGCACAGAAAAUCUGGAGGUGCGGCUGGUUAAUGAUGAGAAUGAGUGCUCUGGCAGAGUAGAGGUCCGACAUGGUGCGGACUGGAAAACGGUGUGUGACACAGACUGGACCAUGAAGAAGGCUGAGGUGGUGUGUGAGCUGCUGGAGUGUGGCCACGCCAUUAAUGCAACCGGCGCUGCUGCAUUCGGCCAAGGCAGCGGGUCAGUGGUGGACACCAAGGAUUCCUGCUUUGACAAUGUGACGGCUCUGCAGCAAUGCUCGGUCAAAGGUUUCACAGCGGGAACAUGUGGGCAGGAACACGAUGCUGGCGUUGUGUGUGUUGCACAGCUUCGUUUGGUCAGCAGUCUCAGCCAAUGCGCCGGCAGAGUGGAGAUCCUCCAUAAAGGCCAGUGGGGGACUGUGUGUGAUGACGGGUGGGACAUGAACAACGCUAACGUAGCGUGCAAGCAGCUCGGCUGUGGCCUCGCGGUGUCUGCUCCCGCGUCUGCCCACUUCGGUGAAGGCACUGGACCGAUAUGGCUCGACAACGUGGAGUGUUCGGGUCAAGAGGCCGCUCUCAGCCACUGCAAGCAUCCUGGGUUUGGAGAAAAUAACUGUGGGCACGGUGAAGACGCUGGUGUUAUCUGUUCAGCUACCACUCGACUGCUUAAUGGUACUGACCACUGCUCAGGCAGGGUGAAGGUCCACUACAAUGGCCACUGGUCACCAGUGUAUGACAUCAACUGGGGAAUGAAUGAAGCCAGAGUGGUCUGCCGAGAAAUUAACUGUGGAGAGCCCAUCCAGGCCGCAGGCUCGUUUGUUGAGAGUGGAGAUCUCAGGGGGUAUAACAUCAGCUGUGGUGGAGGGGAGAGGUCGCUAACACAGUGCACAGUCGGAGACUACGUCAGAACUAGCAGUGACCGAAUUCAAGAGGCAACGGUCCAAUGUUCAGGCAAUGUGAAAUUAUCUAAUGGGCCGACUCGCUGCGCUGGAACAGUGGAGCUGUACAACAAAGGCCAGUGGGGCACUUUGUGCUCUGAUACCUGGGAUAUGAAAGAUGCAACAGUGGUGUGCAGGCAGCUGGGCUGUGGAAAAGCUCAUAAAAUUAGUAUCAACUAUGAGUCUGGGCAUCGCAUCAGACAAACCUGGGUGGAACAAAUUGAAUGUAAUGGACUAGAGGUUGCGUUGUCACAGUGUCCACAAAGACCUUUACAAGACAGAGACAGAAUUUGCAACACAACUUCACUUGCCAGUGUUGUCUGCACAGAAAAUCUGGAGGUGCGGCUGGUUAAUGAUGAGAAUGAGUGCUCUGGCAGAGUAGAGGUCCGACAUGGUGCGGACUGGAAAACUGUGUGUGACACAGACUGGACCAUGAAGGAGGCUGAGGUGGUGUGUGAGCUGCUGGACUGUGGCUACGCCGUUAAUGCAACCGGUGCUGCCGCGUUCGGCCAAGGCAGCGGGUCAGUGGUGGACACCAAGGACUCCUGCUUUGACAAUGUGACGGCUCUGCAGCAAUGCUCAGUCAAAGGUUUCACAGCGGGAACAUGUGGGCAUGAACACGACGCUGGCGUUCUCUGUGCUGAACCGCUCCGUUUAAUCAGCAAUAUCAGCCAAUGUGCCGGCAGAGUGGAGAUCCUCCAUAAAGGCCAGUGGGGGACUGUAUGUGAUGACGAGUGGGACAUGAACAACGCUAACGUAGCGUGCAAGCAGCUCGGCUGUGGCCUCGCGGUGUCUGCUCCCGUGUCUGCCCACUUCGGUGAAGGCACUGGACCGAUAUGGCUCGACAACGUGGAGUGUUCGGGUCAAGAGGUCGCUCUCAGCCACUGCAAGCAUCCUGGGUUUGGAGAAAAUAACUGUGGGCAGGGUGAAGACGCUGGUGUCAUCUGUUCAGAAAAUGUCAGACUGGUCGGUGGACCCAACUUGUGUUCAGGCAGACUGGAGGUCUUCCACAACAAUAAAUGGGGGAGGAUCUGUUCACAUAACUGGAGCAGCAAAGAGGCCGCGAUGGUGUGUAAACAACUCAACUGUGGCACUCCCAAAGAAACCCAAGAGAACUUCGGCGCUGGUAGCAGCGAGCUGGGAGCUUAUACGAGCACAUGCUCUGACAGUGUGAGCUCCAUCGCCCAGUGCACACUUCAACAGCACUCAGGAACAUGCAACAGUGUUUUUGUGUCGUGUGCAGAGCUGAAGCUUGUGAACGGCCCAAACCGCUGCUCCGGCAGGGUGGAGAUUCUGCAUGACAGCCAGUGGGGAACGGUGUGCGAUGAUGACUUUGACAUGAGAGACGCCCAGGUGGUGUGCAGGACCAUGGACUGUGGGUCACCUCACACCGUCAAACACAGCGCGUUCUUUGGUGAAGGUGAAGGAGAGAUAUGGCUGGAUGAUGUAAACUGCUCUGGCAAUGAAACGUCUCUUGUCCACUGCCAACACCCGUCCUUUGGAGAGAGUAACUGUGGCCAUGGAGAGGACGUUGGUGUGAUAUGUUCAGAAACCUUAAGGGUUGUCAACGGAAGCAAUCGGUGUAAUGGCAGAGUGGAAGUCUUCCACAAUGAGCGAUGGAGGAGGGUGUGCGGCAGUGACUGGGGCAAGGAGGAAGCAGAGAUACUGUGCAGAGAAUUGAACUGCGGUUCUCCUGGCCAUUCGGCUGCAGCACAGACGUUUGGAGAAGCUCAUGACCUGCCUGGAGUCAAGACCAAUUGCUUUGGAAAUGAGACCUCUUUUUCACAGUGCACCUUUCAAGAAUUCAAGGAAGGCUGUAUUGAUGCUACAGUUUUCUGUACAAACAGUAAACCAGUCCGUCUAAAGAAUGGGACCCAUCGAUGCUCUGGGCGGGUGGAGGUCUACCACGACGGACAGUGGGGAACUGUUUGUGACGACAGAUGGGGGAUGCAGGAAGCAGCCGUCGUUUGUCGACAGAUGAAUUGUGGGAACCCGAUUGCAGUCAAGUACAAAGCCCACUUUGGCAAAGGUCAGGAUCAGGUGUGGUUGGAUGAUAUCGACUGUAUUGGUCACGAGAAGAGCCUGACUGACUGCCCACAUAGAGGGCUUGGACAACAUGACUGUGACCACUCUGAAGAUGCAGGUGUUAUAUGCUCAGAAAAUGUCAGACUGGUUGAUGGACCAGACUCGUGCUCUGGCAGACUGGAGGUCUUCCACAACGAUAAAUGGGGGAGGAUCUGUUCAAAUAACUGGAGCAGCAAAGAGGCUGCAAUGGUGUGUAAAGAACUCAACUGUGGCACUCCCAGAAAAACCCAAGAGAACUUUGGCGCUGGUAGCAGCGAGCUGGGAGCUUAUACGAGCACAUGCUCUGACAGUGUGAGCUCCAUCGCCCAGUGCACACUUCAACAGCACUCGGGAACAUGUGACAGCAUUUCUGUUUCGUGUGCAGCCUUUUCAUCACUGAGGCUUGUGAACGGCACGGACCGUUGCUCCGGCAGAGUGGAGAUUCUGCAUGACGGCCAGUGGGGAACGGUAUGCGACGAUGACUUUGACAUGAGAGACGCCCAGGUGGUGUGCAGGACAAUGGACUGUGGGUCACCUCAGACCAUCAAGCACAGCGCGUUCUUUGGUGAAGGUGAAGGAGAGAUAUGGCUGGAUGAUGUAAACUGCUCCGGCAAUGAGACGUCUCUUGUCCACUGCCAACGCCCAUCCUUUGGAGAGAGUAACUGUGGCCAUGGAGAGGACGUUGGUGUGAUUUGUUCAGCUACCAUUCGAUUGCUUAAUGGCACUGACCACUGCUCAGGCAGGGUGGAGGUCCACUACAACGGCCACUGGUCACCAGCGUAUAACGUCAACUGGGGAAUGAAUGAAGCCCGGGUGGUGUGUCGAGAAAUGAACUGUGGAGAUCCCGUCCAGGCUGCGGGCUCGUUUGUUGAGAGUGGAGAUUUGAGGGGGUAUAAGAUCAGCUGUGGUGGAGGGGAGAGCUCGCUAACACAGUGCACAGUCAGAGACUACGUCAGAACCAGCAGCGACCGAAUUCAAGAGGCGACGGUCCAAUGUUCAGGCAAUGUGAAAUUAUCCAAUGGGCCGACUCGCUGUGCUGGAACAGUGGAGCUUUAUGACAAAGGUCAGUGGGGUACUCUGUGUGCUCAUACCUGGGAUAUGAACGAUGCGGCGGUGGUUUGCAGGCAGCUGGACUGUGGAAAAGCUCAUAAAAUUAGUAUCAACUAUGAGUCUGGGCACCGCACUGGCCAAACAUGGGUGGAACAAAUUGAAUGUAAUGGACUGGAGGAUGCGAUGUCACAGUGUCCACAAAGACCUUUACAAGACAGAGACAGAACUUGCAACACAACUUCGCUUGCCAGUGUUGUCUGCACAGGAAAUCUGGAGGUGCGGCUGGUUAAUGAGGAGAAUGAGUGCUUUGGCCGGGUAGAAGUCCGGCAUGGUGCGGACUGGAAAACUGUGUGUGACACAGACUGGACCAUGAAGAAGGCUGAGGUGGUGUGUGAGCUGCUGGAGUGUGGCCAUGUCGUGAACGCCCCUGGUGCCGCCGCAUUCGGCCAAGGCAGCGGGUCAGUGGUGGACACCAAGGAUUCCUGUUUUGACAAUGUGACGGCUCUGCAGCAAUGCUCUGUCAAAGGUUUCACAGCGGGAACAUGUGGGCAUGAACACGACGCUGGCGUUCUCUGUGCUGCACAGCUCCGUUUGGUCAGCAGUCUCAGCCAAUGCGCCGGCAGAGUGGAGAUCCUGCAUAAAGGCCAGUGGGGGACUGUGUGUGAUGACGAGUGGGAGAUGAGCAACGCCGACGUGGUGUGCAAGCAGCUCGGCUGUGGUCUUGCGGUGUCUGCGCCCACGUCUGCCCACUUCGGUAAAGGCACUGGACCGAUAUGGCUCGACAACGUGGAGUGUUCGGGUGAAGAGGCUGCUCUCACGCACUGCAAGCACCCUGGGUUUGGAGAAAAUAACUGUGGGCACGGUGAAGAUGCUGGUGUCAUCUGUUUAGGUUCUCUAGAGAAGCCCCAGAUCUCCUUGAGUCCUGGUCCGGAGGUGAACUGGGGCGACAAAGUUGAAAUCACCUGCACAAUAGUAACAGAGCACCUAGGUGGAACAUUUGUCCUGAGAAAGACGCAAGAAUCCACCAAAUUGGAGAGGUUCUCUGAACAUGAGGCUGCUACCUUCAUCUUUUCUAAAGUGAACUUUAACCACACAGGAUCAUACUUCUGUGAAUAUCACAAGAAACUGCCAAAUCAAGUCAUCUUCUACCCUCAGGGAAACACUGUUGAUCUUUCUGUCACAGUGAAACUGGAGAAGCCCAGCAUCUCCCUGACGUCUCCUCAGGCCAUGGUGAUCUACAGCCCAGACAAGAUAUCUGUCACCCAGGGAAGCAGCUUCUCCAUCACCUGCUCGACGCAUUCCACUUACGCCGAAGGCGUUUUCCAGCUGAUGAGGUCUGACAAGCAAACAAGUGAAACUCAGCGGGCGUUCACUCACUUCAUCUUUAGUCAGGCCAACUUUGACUUUGCGACGAUAGGCUAUGAACACCAAGGAGAGUACACCUGUGUCUACAGUGUUAACAUCUCCUCAUUGCCCUUCUGCUCCGCUCCCUCCAAGACUCUCCAAGUCACUGUCCAGGCCCCAUCAUCCUCAGCUGUCGGAGGAGUUGUUGGAGGUGUUGUGGUCUUGCUGGUGGUGCUGGUUAUAGGAUACCUGGUCUGGAGAAAUAGAUGGAGGGCUGCUGGUACAACAGUUCAGUUUCGCAACAGGUUCGGAGCAGCAAUGAAGCCAAAUGUGGAAGACAGAAGCAAUGGAGCGCUUGAUGGAAGAGAACGGAAUACGCAAAUAAAUGAGUAUGUUGUCAAUAGUCACAGUACAGAAGCCAAGAAUCAAGAUGUGGGUGACACUAGCGAGGUCGUUCCUGAAGACCUGGCUGGAAGAGUGUGCUAUGAGCUCGAACCACUCGUUUUGUAGUCUAAAUGCUGACUAGAGCAAUUGUCAUACUGUCAUACAUAUGCUUUACUCUCAUCUUUUCCAGCUCAUUUAAGGUCGUGUUUCAUACUGUAUUUACUCAAAUAUGUGCUCUUAUACAGACAUAUAUAGAAUGUUUAGAAUAUAAGACUAAAAGUGUAUUUUAAUUAACUUACACUGUACACAAGACUCUGCAGAAAUUCGUGUAGGGAUUCUGUCAAUCACAAAUAAGAGUUCUUGCAACCACAUUUUCUUUUUUUCACAUUUUGUUUCAAUAUGAUUUGAUUUUGAGUCAUGAUCAAUAAAUUUGCAUUUGUUACAACUCU